AUGCCGCGUAUGACGCCGCCUCUGCAUGUCAAUGAAGAUGACCUUGACAGAGGCCCACUGAACUGCGUCCUCUUGCUGCAGCCAUUCAACCUGUUGCCGGUCGCUUCCAAAGCAAAUAUUGUCAUUGUCGGCGGGCCCCUGAAUGAUCUCUGGUGGAACAGUGCAUUCCUUCAGAGAUGGGCUGAACAGUAUGCUCGGCAACUGGAGACAUGGACACCGCGUCGAAUCAAACAUGUCAAAGCUAUUCCACAGCACCGGCGGCUAUUGAAGGAAAGAGGAUCCAUCGUGUGGGAUCUUGUUCCCUAUGGAAAGCUUUGUCGAGCCAUCAUGGAGGACUUCAGCAAUACCUCCCUGGACGUUGAUGGUGAGAUGCCGACAACUCAGAGGUUGGCAGACCCAUAG